AUGUCGUUCAGAGGAGGACGUGGCGGUGGCCGUGGCGGUUUCGGCGGCGGUCGUGGUGGUUUCGGCGGUGGCCGUGGUGGUUUUGGUGGCAGAGGUGCUCCCCAGCAGCAGGGCCCCCCAGACAGAGUCUUGGAAAUGGGCACAUUUGUUCACCCAUGCGAGGGCGAUAUUGUCUGCAAGUCUAUCAACACCAAAGUUCCUUACUUCAAUGCUCCUAUUUACCUCGAAAACAAGUCUGUUGUCGGCAAGGUUGACGAAAUAUUAGGUCCUAUCAAUGAUGUUUACUUCACAAUUAAGCCUGCUGAGGGUAUACAAGCCACUUCUUUCAAGUCUGGCGACAAAUUUUACAUUGGUUCCGACAAGCUUCUCCCAUUAGAACGAUUCCUUCCCAAGCCUAAGGCUCCUGCUGGACCUAAGCCAAAACGUGCUCCUGGUGCUGGUGGUGCUGGUAGAGGUGGCUUUGGUGGUGCCCGCGGUGGCUUUGGUGGUGCCCGCGGUGGCUUUGGUGGCCGUGGUGGUGCCAGAGGUGGUGCUCGUGGUGGUUUCGGCGGUGCCAGAGGUGGUUCUCGCGGUGGUUUCGGCGGCGGCAGAGGUGGUUCUCGUGGUGGCUUUGGUGGCUCUCGCGGUGGUCGUGGCGGCUCUCGUGGUGGCUUUGGUGAUCGCCGAUAA